CAAUGUCGGCAUUUAUUUCCUCACUUUUUUACGAAGUGAUGGCCUGAGUUUUUGACUUUUGACAUCGUUUUUUUUUAAAUACAUAGGUUAACUAAGCAGCACUUGGACCAGACUAAGGGCAAUGCACAGGGCUCUUCAGCUGUAAACAUAUGAGAGAUGUGUGCGAUUAUGUUUUGAAGGGAGGGGCUUGCGCUUUGUAGUAGCCUAUUAUUGAAUACCGUGGAGCAGACCGAUCCGAAGGCAGAUUCUGUCUCUCUACAUUGACUGGCCUGCUUCGUGGUUGUUUGCUAACCCGGUGAAAGAACAAUCGUUUACUUGCUGAACUCAAUAGAUUUGAGACCCUCCUCCUCCUCAACGUGGAACAGGCCGAGGCUGGAGUGACUGACACACUGACUGACUGGUGCUCAGAUUCUCUCUCUCUCUCCAGGGCGUAACCAUGGACGACGACUUUGAGCGGCGCAGAGAGCUCAGGAGGCAGAAGCGGGAGGAGAUGCGCCUGGAGGCUGAACGGAUGGCCUUCCAGGGUAGUAAUGAGGAUGAGGAGGAGGCUGCAAGGGAGCGUAGACGCAGGGCACGUCAGGAGAGGAUGAGAGGGAUGGGAGGCGAGGAGCCCAGUGACAGCGUGGUGAUGACCAACAGCCACAGUGUGACCGAGACUGUGUCGGUGUCCUCCUCUUCUGUGACCUCCUCGGGUGGAGGAGACGAUGAUGAGCAGGCCCUGCUGGAGCGCAUGGCCAAACGAGAGGAGCGCAGGCAGAAAAGGAUGAUGGAAGCUCUGGAGCGAGAGAAGGAUCAGAACCCCGGCAAUGCCAGUAACCACGGCAGCGGGGAGAAUAGUGUGGAUGAGAGGUCCGUCGGCCGCAGGGGCCGUUACCAAGACAAUGAAGAAGAGGUGGAAGAGCGGAACUGCCGAAAGAAGGAGGAGGAGGGGAAGGCUGCUCCGGAGGAGGAAGAGGCUGAGCAGGGAGAGGAAGAAGAAGAAGAGGAGGAAGAGGUGGUGGAGGAGAAACCGAGACGAUCCUAUAUGAGAGAACAGGAAUCCAUUGACGAGAGAACUAGAAACGAGGUGAAUGAAAAGCAGAAUGGAGGUCUGCACGAGGAGACUCCUCCAAAACACAAAAAAACAGAAAGGACCCUGAGCCGCGGCAGCGUGCGCUCCCCGGAGGCGGGGGCGGAGGAGGAGCAGGACAACGCGGCGAACCUGGAGGCGGAGCGUAAGCUGGAGGAGCUGAAACGGCGCCGUGGCGAUGCGGAGAGCGAGGAGUUCGAGAGGAUGAGACGGAAGCAGCAGGAGGCUGAGCAGGAGCUGGAGGAGCUGAAGAAGAAGAGGGAGGAGAGGAGGAAGAUCAUAGAAGAGGAGGAGAGACAGAAGAAACAGGAGGAGGCCGAGAAGAAGGACAGAGAGGAGGAGGAGAAGAGGAGGAUGAAGGAGGAGAUAGAGAGGAGGAGGGCGGAGGCGGCCGAGAAGAGACAGCAGAUGGGGGUGGAGACUGUCGACGGAGAGGCCAAACCCUUCAAAUGCUUCAGCCCCAGAGGAUCCUCCCUCAAGAUUGGUGAAAGGGCAGAGUUUCUGAACAAGUCUGCACAGAAAAGCACGGUGAAGACGUCUCACUCUCCUGUCGUCUCUAAGAUUGACAACAGGCUGGAGCAGUACACCUCUGUUGCGCAGAACAAGGAUAUGCGGUCCCCACGCUCCGGUGCCGUGGACCUGCCAAUGGUGACAGAUGGGAUACGUAACAUCAAGACCAUGUGGGAGAAAGGCAACGUGUUCAACUCGCCCGGGGGCGGCGGGGGCACGUACAAGGAAGCAGCUGGCAUGAAGAUAGGUGUGGCGGGCCGCAUCAACGACUGGCUGAAUAAAACCCCCGAGAGCAAAACGCCGGGAGGAAGGCCCGCGGAUCUGAAGCCAGGAGAUGUGACUAACAAGAGAAGUCUCUGGGAAAACAAGGGCUCCUCCCCAGCCAAGGUGACUGGUAGAGGGGAGAAUAAAUCUGUUGCCAAUGCAGGUAUGGGACACGAAUGAUACGAAGAGCUUCUUCUGAAGGCUGGUGGGGACCAAGACAACCCAAGACUCUUCCUUUUUCUAUGUGAAUUAUACCAAAACAAUAUGACCACCACCCUGAGGGAACCCAAGGAAUGGAGAGAAACAGGAGAUUUUUAUUUAAUAACCACUGUACUGAAACAAAUUAGCCACCAUCUCGUAUCUACAGUGUAGUGCCUGUUGCACAACGAAUUUGCUAUGAUUUUACUUUCUCAACAAACAAAAUAAUAUGCUGUGAAAUUUGGAUGUUUUAUGGUAUGGUGAUUUUGUUUUAUAUGUAAUAAGCAAAAACUUGCAGAAGAAAAAAAUACUAAUUGAGAUUCGAUGUAUUUCCCAUACGCUCUUCAGUACGUGUGUACUUUUGAUAUAGUAGAGAAAUGUUUUUUAUGAGGUUUCCAGUUCCACAAUCAUCUCCGUGUUCCAAAGAGAGAUAUCUACCAUCGAUGCUCUGUCCAUGUCGUCCAUCUCACUUCUUUUUUUAUUUAUAUUUAAAGCAAAGCUUCACACGUGGCUAUUUUAUCCAUGUUCACCAGUUCAGGAGAGAGAUUAUAAGCACUCCGUAGAUUUGGCUUAUUUCACUUUAUUUUGUCUUACCAAUAGUGCAACAACGGUCUGAUGUGUUAGCACAGAAGUACACGUCGUUAUGAAUAUUAUACUGUAUCUUCUAUUACAGCUUUAUACUCUAGAUUUGUUCCGCUUUUGUACUCUAAAAUUAAAUGACUACCAACCGACAAGAGGCAAUGAAAGGCAGUGCAAGCAACGAAAGGAAAGUUGUAUAUUAAGACGGCUUUUAUAACGUUUAUUAUCCUCGUUUCAAUUUAUUUAUGUUUUUCUUUUUCUUUUUUUAACGUGUUUUGUCACUGGCUGUUUUUGUGGCUUUUGUACCUGCUGUUUUGAAUCUCUAAAUUCACUUUGUUAACAACCCAUAAUGCAGCAGGUGUACUUAAGAGUUACAUCCUCAUUUUAGGGACUCUCUGACCCACAACAUUCCCACACCACUAAGCACACCGCCGCCGGGCUUAUUCGCAUGCAUGCUCCAAUGGCUUCUAUCCAGGAUGUUAAGGACCUCCGCGUUGUCAGUGAGGUUGUCUGAAUAUAGCAGGCCAGAUACACAUUUUUACACCAUGCCUGUACCUUGAGACGGCAUCGGUUUUAAGCCGUAUGCCGCCUUGCCAUUUAAGCCCAAAUCCCAUGUACUAAUAACUCUCGGACUCUGGAAGAAGGGAAAGUGCACAUUUAGAUGUGGACAAUGAUCGAGGGUUGAGUCAGUCAACAGAAGACACAUUUUGACUCCAGACGACAAUUGCACUUGACGCUUGUUUUGAGUUUUCUUAAAGUUGCAUUUGCGUUAUGUAAGAUCGUGUUUCCAGCACAAAUCCUUUACAUCCAAAAUGGUCUCAAGGCCUUGUUGUUGCAGGCACCGAAUAAACUGUACCUUCCACUUUGCCAACUCAAUUUGACUUCAGCUGUUUCUUCUUCUUUUACCGUUUCAUUAUUGAGGUUUAUGUGUUUCACGUUUCGCUCAUUCAUUUUUGCAUGACAUGCUUUGUUGAUAUGGGUAUUAAAUAAAGGUUAUCAGGGGCAUUGAAAGAUUGUUCUGUGUAAACCUUGACAAUCACAUCCCAUGACUCCUUAGAACUACAAGCAAUGGAGUCUGACCAAAAUAUAUGACAUUAUUUUACAUUGCUGUUAUUUCAUAUUUUGGUAAUUUAGCUUUUUAUUUCAAACACCCUCAUUUAUUGUGUAGAGUUAACUAUGCAAGGCACACUAUCUGCAGUUUCAGAUCAAACUUUGAUGGUAGUUUUUCCUACAGAAUAAAUGUUCUGAAAUAUUUGUACCGCUGACUCAACAACUGCAAUAAAGAGAUAUAAAUUGUU